CCGGCUGCAGACGCCUCUGAGCCCUCGCCUAGGACCAUGGAGCCCGUGCUGCUGCAGGACUUCGUGAGCCUCCUGGACCCCGCCUCCCUUCCGCGCGUGCUGCGGGUCUGCUCCGGAGUCUACUUGGAGGGUUCCGUCUAUGAGCUCUUUGGGAAUGAGUGUUGCCUCUCCACAGGGGACCUGAUCAAGGUCACCCAUGUUCACCUCCAGAAGGUGGUCUGUGAAAACCCAGAGACGGGUCAGACCUUGGAUCUCAACCCCAACUUCUCAGGCCUCUUCAGCACCCUCACCAGCCUGCAGAGCUACAGAACCCUGGACGAGCUCAUCUCUGCCAUGCCUCAGAACGGCACACAGCGGCCCAUUUACUUCAAGUCAACUCAAAGAAUUGUCACAGAGGCCAGGGUGGUGCCCGCGGACCAGCCUCUCAGGCUUGAGGCUGUGGAGAUGCAUCAUGGGACCCGCUAUGCACGCUGUGUCCAGGUCUCAAAGACCCAGGAGGUCAUCCUCCAUCUGCCCCUUUCCCAGAAUGGACCCUUCUGGAGAUGCAAGCCCGGUCCCCCACAAACCCUGCUCCAAAUCCUGCAGGACCCAACCAUGACGGGCCUUAUGCUCACCUGCCCCAGCCUGCCCUGGCGCACCAUGACCCUGAAGCCCCAGUACAUGCUCCAAGCCUUGAUGCACAUGCGCCGCACCAUCGUCAAGAUCCCGUCCACCCUGGAGGUGGAGGUAGAGGACGUCACCGCCUCCUCCCAGCACAUCCACUUCAUCAAACCGCUGCUGCUGAGUGAGGUCCUGGCCCAGGGAGGCCCCUUCCCAAUGGCCGCGGAGAUCCUGGAGGUUCCCGAGGGCCCACCCAUCUUCCUCAGCCCGUGGGCGGCCUCCCUACGCAAAGGCCAAAGGCUCUGCAUCCACGGGCCAGCCUCGCCAUCCUGGCGGGUGGUGGCCUCCAGCAAGAGCCGAAGAGUUCCCAGAUACUUUUUUCUCUCUGGGGCCUACCAGGGCAAGCUGAGGCGGAGGCCAAGGGAGUUCCCCACGGCCUAUGACCUUUUGGGUGCUCUCCAGCCAGGCCGACCCCUCCGGGUGGUGGCCACAAAAGACUGUGAUGGGAACGAAGAGGAGAAUCCUGGAUUUUCUUUCCUGGCUGUGGGUGAUCGGCUGGAGGUGCUGAGUCAAAGCCAGGUCUGCGGGACCCAGGGCCAGGACAUAGAUGUCUUGAUAUGUCAGCGUCUGAGUGAGCAGGCCGGGGAGGAAGAGGAGGAGUUGGAGGAGGAAGAGGAGGAAGUGGAGAGCAAAGAACAGAUUCUGCUACCCCUCUACCUCUCUGGGAGCUUUGUGGAGGAGGUGACUGAUGGCCGGCGCUAUAGCCUAACAGAUCUCACUGCCCAGUUCUCCCUGCCCUGUGAGGUCAAGGUGGUGGCCAAGGAUGCCCGGCACCCUACUGACCCUCUGGUCUCCUUCCCGGGCCUGCGGCUGGAGGAGAAGCUCACAGAACCCUUUUUGGUGGUAGGCCUGGACUCCCAGGCAGAAAUGUGCUUUGAAAUCCCUCCCAGGUGGAUGGACCUGACGGUAGCGGAGGUUGAGGAGCAGCCCGGUCAGGUGGCUGGGCCACUCUCUGUCGCUAGGGUGGAGGAACUGUCAGAAGCCUUCUACUACAGUCUCCGGAGGCUGCCGGCCCCUGAGAGCCAAGCGCCCCCGCCCAGGCCCCCAAAGAGCAAGGGUAUCAGUGUGCAGAAGCAGAUCAUACAGAGCUGCAAAGAGGACAGUGUGCAGUCUCCAGUUAUAGGACAACAGGAAUCCUACCCACAGCCUGAACCCAAGGCAAAGACGACCUUGGAAGACCUCCCCAAGGACAAAGCAAGUCUGUACAGCAAGAUUGCUGCCCACGAGAAAGACCUUAAAUCCAAAACCCAAACCCAGAAUUCAGUGGUGGGCAUGAAACCCAAAUCCUCGAGCACACUCAACAAAUAUUCUAUCAUUGAGUCAUACCCCCUGCCUGACCCAGAUAUGGAUGACCACGACUAUGAAGAAAUUUGAGCCCUUUCAGAAAAUCAUCUAGGUGCUGGGGAGGCCACAGUUCCCAGCUGCUGCUGCCCAGGGAGUUGGGAUACCAGCUAACUCUUGAGAGACCUAGGGCAGUCUCCAGGGACUCAGACUCAGACGGGCAUGGAACUGAAAAUGGGACAGACACUAUUCCUACCUUGCUGUAGAAUAAUCCUUCCCCAUACUGUGAGUAUGUAUUGCUCUCAUUGGUUAAUAAAACGCUGAUUGGCCAGUAGCCAGGCAGGAAGUAUGGGUGGGUGACCAAACUAAGGAUGACGGGGAGGAGAAGGGCAGAGUCAGGAGUCGCCAGGCAGGUGCCAAGGGAGCAGGAGAUGAACGUAAAGGUAUCCCUACAUGGCAGAAUGUAAAUAAGGAAUAUGGGUUAACUUAAAAUGUAAGCGCUAGUUAGUAAUAAGCCUGAGCUAUUGGCUGAGCAUUUAUAAUUCGUGUAAGCCUCUGUGUGUUUGUUUGGGACAGGACAGGAAAUGUCCAAUUACACUGCCUCCUUUGGGUUCUAGAGGGUUCCUACCUCUGCCUGGUCCCAGAAGUUUGCAUGUGAUGCUCUCAGCCUUUAGAGCUUUAGUGUUCAGAGAAGCCAUUUAAGUUCUGUCCACUCCUGUGCUUACCAGUUGUCCCACAACUAGGCGCAGAAGAAUCAAAGGCCACCAGCUUCAGUACUGCCUGCCUCCUGGUAAAGGGAAGUCAGUCCUCCCGGCACCACCCAGUGUUCGCCACCUCCUUUGUCUGCUUCUGCAGUCCAGGCUGUGCCCAGCGGCAGACAGUAUUCUCCAUGUUGGUAGAACCCAGCUCAUGGUAAAUGGGCUUGUACAAAUAUAAAUGUGAGAAUUUGCCUCCAAGAACAAAACUUUCGGUAGGACUUUACGUCUCAAAAUCUGUUAGUGGAACUAAGAGAGCUAAUUCACAAAGAUGGAGGGACUGGAGAUGGCUCAGUGAUUAAGAGUCCUUUGCUGCUCUUGCAGAGGACCCAAGUUCAGAUCCCAGCACUCCCAUCAGGUGGCUCACAAUUGCUUGUAACUCCAGCUCCAGGGCAUCUACGACCUGUUUCUGGACUCUGUGGACACUAUACUCAUCUGCACAACCCUGCCCACCCCCACAAAAAUAAGACACAAUUAAAAAAAUUUAAAGCUGGGCUUGGUGGUGUACACCUUUAAUCUCAGCACUCUGGUGGAGGAAGAGACAGGUGGAUAUCUGUGAGUUCAAGGCCUGAUUGAUCUACAUAUUUAUUAAGGAAAAAAAAAAACAACAAGAAACUAAUGGAGACCCAAAGCUGUGGAAAUCUGGCAUGCUUUUUAAAAUAAUUUAUUUUUAUGUGCAUUGGUAUUUUGCUUGCAUGUAUGAGGAUGCCAGAUCCCCUAGAACUGGAGCUACAGACAGUUGUGAGCUGCCAUGUGGGUGCUGGGAACUAAACCCAGGUCCUCUGGAAGAACAGCCAGUGUGCUUAACCACUGAGUCAUCUCUCCAGCCCCAAGGCAUGCUUUGAGUGGUGCUGUAACAUGGUUAAAGCUGCUAGGUGACUACCCAAGAUCAUUUCAGGCUAAAGCCCAGACUCAAAAUGACAUGCACUUCUGUAUGAAUAAUUUAUUAAGUCUUACCUGGGCACCAGACCCUUUAAAAACCAAACCUUGAGCUCUUGGAGAGAAACGGCAGCCUGAUUUUAAAGAUUAGGAAACAGGCUUAGCAACUGAUGUUCUCAGGAGGUAGACCACCACAGUGGUUAAGGAGAAGGCUCCAAAAGGCAAAGUCUGGAUUAGGUUCCCAGCAUACCAUGUACCAAAUGCCAAUUUCAGCCACUUGUUUCACUUUAGGCUUUAGUUUCAGGACAUCUAAAGAUUGUUUUAAGGAUCAACUGAUAUAUCUGCAAGGCAUUUGGUACCUGUACUUGGCACUCAAUGUUAGCAUUGCUGGUAACCAAGCCAGACUAGCACAGUGCCACACAGCUGUGUCUGCCAUCCUGGUUUCCAUGCUACAGUCUCAUCAUGUCCAGAGGUAGAGAUAAAAGGACAAACACAAACCUUUGUCCAUGUAACUACCAAGGUUGGUUUAGGCAUGUUGGGUGAGGCCAUCUGUCAGAUCCAGGGAAAUGUGGGAACUGAAAGCUGGUGAAGUCACAGAAUUUAGCCCUAGGCCACCAGAGAAGACAGCAGAUAAAUGGAUGCUGAAUUUACAGCUGAUGUGAGAAGACUGGGUCCAGUUUCUGAUCGGAUCCCAGGCACCUACUCCUGUGCAUGCUCCUGAGUCUGCUCCUCUCUGGGCUGCCUGGACCUGUCUUUGCAGGUCCUCUGACCUUUAUACCCUUGAAUGGAGUUCUCCAGGUGGUUCCUACAGGCUGCUGGCCAGUCCCAACUACGGGUUUCUCAUCUACCAGUUUCUACUGCCUCUCCCCUAGAAGUCAAUGUUCCUUGUACUGGAAGAUGCAGGGACAGACAGUGGAGAGAAGCAGUAAGAUCUUGACAGAAAGUUCCUUCCUGGCUCUCAACUACCAGAGGGUGGAUCAACAUACAAGGUGCCUCUAGUUUUCCCUUCCACGUACAAGUUCAAUCUUGGCACAAAAGGAGGGCAGAAAAGAGGGCUACCAGUUCCUAGGAAAUAGGAUUUCCGGGGCUUGGAGAGACAGCUCAGUAGUUAAGAGGACUGGGCGUUCUUGCAGAGGGCCCAGGUUUAGUUCCCAGCACCCACUCCACUGCUCACAACUGUCAUCCAGUUCCUGGGAUUCUGACCUUCUCUUCUGGUUUAUGUGGGCUCUACAUGAACAUAGCGCAUAUACAUGGAGGCAAAAUACUUAUACACAUGAAAAAUAAAAAAAGAAUUUCUGAGUAAUCAGAUGCUUCAUUGUAGACAAAGGCAGCAAUUUCUUAGCUUGGAAACCAUGCUUAAAGGAAUUACAGGGACUGGGGAGGUGGUCUAGUAGGUAAGGUGUUUGCUAUAUUGAGGAUGAUGGCCUGAGUUUGGAUCCACAGCACCUACAUGGAAGUUGGCCUAGUGGCAUGUAUUUGUAACCCUAACAUUGGGAGGUGGGGCCAAGAGACAGGCAGAUCCCAGGGGUUCACUGGGUAGCUGGUUUAGCUGAAACAUCAAGUUCUAAGGUCCCAGAAAUACAUGGCUGAGGGAGAUGCCUGGUGUCAACCUCUAGCCAUACGUGCCUCCAUGGGUAGAUGUCCUCAGCCAGUGUCGGACUGCGCUUCAACACAAGCUGAUUUUUCUGAGUAAUGGCAUUUGCUCGGGGAACCAUCAGAGGACUUGUUUCCUUUCCCUCAACAAGAUGGACAAGUGGGAAGGAUAUUACAAUGGGGCUGGGGAUGCCCCUUGAGCAAUGGCCUUCCAAGUGAUGACUAUACACCAGUGAGUUCCCUUGCGAACAGAAAAUAAGUAUCAGCACUUUUUGUUUUGAGACAGGUCUCAUUGUGCAGCCUUGGUUGACUUGGAACUAGCUAUGUUAGACCAGGUUGGCUCCAAAUUCAAGAGAUCUGCUUGCCUCUGCCUUCCGAGUGCUGGGAUUCAAGGUGUUGGUCAGUAUACCUGGCUCAUUUCUACUUCUGAAUGCUUUAUAAUAAGUAUAUUAAUAGGGUAAACUUAUAUAAAAGUUGCUAAACAAAAUAGGGUACAUGUCCAAACAUUUUACCAAUAUGAAGUUUCUCCCAGCUACAUUAUCUUUUUUCUUUUAGGCUUGUGAAAUCAACUGUACUAAAACAAAAUAAAACCAUUAAUCCACACUAAAUACUAAUUCUUACUCUGGCCUUUUUCUAGGUAAGCUUAGUAAAUGUUAUUUUUCAUGAUGCCCCAUUUCCCA